AUGAAAAAUGGUGCUGAAUAUGAAAACACUGACGAAAACUUAUCAAACACUACUGACUCAAUUUAUAAAAGUUCACUAUUUCAUGGUCAAAAUCAAAAUCCAGAAAAAGUAGCAUUACUAAAUGAUUCAGCAUCAUCAAGUGAUACUGAACAAUCACCGUAUGAAGAGGUAGCUGUUAAUAUAUCAAAUACUGAUGAUCCAAAUACAUUGUGUUUAACGUUUCGCUCAAUGCUGAUUGGUAUACUAUUAGGAUGUAUUAUGGCAUUUACAUCUCAGUUUUUUGCGUUUCGUACAUCACCAUUAGAUCUUAAUAUUGGUAUAUUAGUAUUAAUUUCAUAUAUGAUUGUUGAAUUAAUGUCAAAAAUAUUACCAAAUCGUAUAUUUAAUAUUACAAUCAAUCCCGGGCCGUUCACUAUGAAAGAAUAUGCUCUUAUUACAACAAUGGCUUCAUCAGGCCUACGUACGUAUGAGGGUAUCGAAACGCUCACUAUUCAACGCUUUCAUUUUAAAUAUAAUCUUGGUCAUUUUAAUUCCGUUUUAUUUUUAUUAAUCGUGCAUGCUCUUGCCAUUUCGUUUUCUGGAAUAUUAAAACGAUAUCUUAUAUGGCCAGGUUUCAUGAUUUGGCCUAAAACAUUGAUGACUUGUUCAUUGAUACGUACAUUAAUUCAUGAAAAUGAAUUUACAGAGGACCAUAGUCGAUGGAAAAUAACACGCUUGAAAUUUUUCUGGUUGAUAGUCUUAUGUCAAUUUCUAUGGUAUUGGCUACCUGGUUGCAUAUUUCCUCUUCUGUCAUUUUUUUCGUUGAUCUGUGUUAUGUCACCGAAAAAUGUUGUACUAUCGCAAGUGACUGGUGCGUGUGGUCUUGGCUUUGGUGCGAUAGAAUUCGAUUGGAAAGCUUGGGUAGCUUAUUUGGAUACGCCUAUUCUCGUCCCGUUCUGGGCACAUAUCCAGAUAUUUGUUGGACUUGUAAUAGUUAUUUGGAUUGCAACGCCUCUCAUCUAUUACUUAAAUGUUUGGGAUUCGAAAAAAAUUCCCUAUUAUCUCAAAUAA